AUGGCCGCCAAUUCGAGCAGUCGAGGGAUCGUGAGCUUAGGGAAGCGAGUCGUCAACGAGAUCCGAGCUCGCGAUUCAACUCAGCUAUCUGCUCUCACUCUCAGGAGGGCUGCUCACGCCUCAGUCUACGACAAGAACCCUGAUGAACAGACUCAACCCAGCAUUGUGCCAGACAAUGUGAUCCCGCCCCAACCUGACAAGUACUGGGCUCCACAUCCUCAAACUGGGGUAUUUGGGCCUGCAGCUGAACAUAGUCAUACAGCAGGUGGAAAGGACGGCUCCUCGCCUGUGGAUAUUGGCGAGGAAGCCUCGGUGCUGGAGCAGAAGGCUUGGUUCCGCCCCACCAGCAUCGAGGACUUGGAGAAGCCUCACCUUCCCUGA